UCUUUCUGUUUCCCUCUAUUAUUUCGUUACUAUCCUCAAAUCCGGUUCUCUCCAACCCGGAAGUCCGACCCGUAUUCGAACUUGGCAUUGUGGUGGGGCACAAGGGCGAAUUCUUGUUUAAUUCGUAACCGAUUUAGAUGUUGUUCUCAUUUCGAAAUUGAGAGUUGUAGUCAUCUAUUAUGGACUCGAUUUGGGCGAACAAUGCUGGCCCUAGUGCUUCUCAUUUGCUCUAUGCCAUAUAUUUCGCUUUUGGUUUCGUCCUUGUCAGAUUAUUCCUUGACAGAUUCAUCUUUCGUAGGCUAGCCAUUUUGUUGCUGCGACUGGGAACGACCAAUCUGAAGAAUGAUGAGGUUACAAGAGGAAAAGUUGUUAAAUGCUCUGAAUCCAUGUGGAAAUUUGCUUAUUAUGCCACUAUUGAGUUUUGUGUCCUAAAAGUUGCUUAUCAUGCGCCAUGGUUCCUAGAUGUGAAGCAAUAUUUCAGGGGCUGGCCAAAUCAAGAUCUAUCGGUUGGAAUCAAACUUAUCUAUAUGUGCCAAUGUGGGUUCUACACCUAUUCCAUUGCUGCCCUCCUUGUUUGGGAAACGCGACGGAAAGACUUUGCUGUAAUGAUGUCCCAUCACAUAGUCACAGUUUUUCUGAUUUCAUGCUCCUAUAUCUCAAGCUUCUUUCGGAUUGGGAUAGUUAUUCUUGCAUUACAUGAUGCAAGUGAUGUCUUUCUUGAAGCUGCCAAAGUUUUUAAAUAUUCAGAGAAGGAGCUUGGAGCUAGUGUACUAUUUGGUUGUUUUGCUGUCUCUUGGGUUAUACUUAGGCUGAUAUUCUUUCCAUUUUGGGUCAUACGAUCCUCAAGCUAUUAUCUGUGUGAGGUCUUGAAGUUGUCAGAGGCAUAUGAUACAAUGAUAUACUACGUCUUCAACACAAUGCUCUUGACCCUACUUGUGUUCCACAUUUAUUGGUGGAUUCUCAUAUGUUCAAUGAUCAUGAGACAGUUGAAAAAUAGAGGGCAAGUUGGGGAAGACAUAAGAUCUGAUUCGGAAGAUGAUGACUAAUUUGAAGACAACGCUCAGAUUCUUCAGCAGAAACGUGCUUUGGAUAUUGCAUAUGAGUUGUAGGUUCCAAUAGACUUAGCUUGACAUCUUCUACGUGUUAUAGUCAACUAUACAUUUUUUUUGGUUUGGUUAUAGAAAUAGAACUGGUUAGAUGCGGGGAUAUUAUCAGUUUAACUCGUCAUUACAUUUUUGGUGUACAAAAUAAUAGGUAUCUCCUUGUAUAAUUGUUCUCUAAACAAGUAUUCAAAACGAUUCAAGCAAACCAGCUUCACAUAUAA